GUAGUGUCAUUAUUCUGGCAACAACUUUUGCUUUUACUUGUAUGUUUGUCAGGUCCAAACUUUUAAUGGAGCUGGUUCUAGUAAUUGGUCCCAGCCAGUGCAUGCAGGUGAGGAUAAUAAUACCAAGAUGCCACUAGAGCAUGUGAUAGGGGGUGUGAUAGGAUCCCUCGUUAUCAUCAUAUUACUAAUAUUUACUGCGCUGAUGUAUAAAAGGAUCAAACAAAGACGUUUAAAGGCUGAACCAAUCACAUCGCCCCCAAACAAUGCACCUGAGCCCUCUGUUGAGUAUGAGAACCCUGUAUUUGAUGACACCAAGCAAGACCCCCAUAACUACGAAAACCUGAAUCCCGACGACCAUGCCUACCAAGAUCUCAAUACAGAAACACCAAAAUACCAGAAUCUUACCGACCCCCAUAUCUACCAAGCGCUUAAGAAACCCAACAUCAACGUUACCUGUCAAGAUGUCACAAAAUCCGACCCGGGUGACACUUACGAAGAAGUAUAGAGGUAACUCAAGCGAAGAAGAGGGGUAUGAUGCAAACAUUGAUACAUGCUGGAUCAACAAUAAAUCAACAUGUUUUGCGAUAUACAGAGUUGGCAUUAUUUGUCAUGAUGUUCAUACUACUUUGUUUGUAUACAUGUACAUACUCAUACUACCGUACUUUUUAUUUCACUUUUUACAAGAAACAUAACGAAACUUAAACAGGUAUUCUUAAAAUGUUAUAGAAACAGGAAUUAUGUUACGUGAUGUUUUUAAUAACUUCUAGCUUGCAAAUAAAGGGAAUGGAAGGGAAGUUAUCACGUCUAAAUUAUUUAAAUUAUUAAUGCCUGAUACAGGAAAUGUUUUGUCUGUUUUCCCUUGAGGCGUUGCAAUGUUGUAGAUCUCUUUUGAGAUUGUUUAAAUGUGGAGAUUAUAUAGAUUUAUCAACACCAGAAAAGCAUGCCAAAAGCAAGAAAAGUAGUUUGUUGUAAGCAAAUGUAAGAAUAUAUAUAUUACUCAGUAAUUAAGGCCUAUUUUCCACAAGCAACUUCAGUAUAAUUUCUUUCAAACACGCCGGUCACCCUCGGCAAAAAUGCACAGUAGACCGUUA